AACUGUUAAACUGUAUUUUCUUUAAUCUGUGCAAGUCAAGUGAUAAUAAUUAUUGUUCCGUGCAAGAAUAAAAAUCAGAAAUUGUUUUCAGUAAAUGUACUGUUUAACAAUGUCAAUAAACGAUCUUACUUGAACGUGUACAUAAGCAAGGAUAUACUUUACAUAGCUUCAGAAGAUUUGUAAUGGAAAGGCUGCGUUCUGACGUCGCAGACAUGAGUCGCCGUGCCGGGGAUGUUUUGAGGCGUAUCAACAGACUAGUCGACGGACCCCUUACUAGAAAGAAACUGGUAAUAAUAUGUCUGGUUAUUAUAUUCCUAGUUCUAUACGUGGGACCUACUUUUAUGAAUUGGAUGUUCGGUCCUGAGAGCGGGACCACUCGCCAGAAUGUUUGUGUACAGAAUUUCAUGAAGCCUUUCGAAUCUUCUCUAAAAGAUUACGACGUGUACCUGAGACAGGAAUCCUCAGCGGCACUGAACUCGCUCAAUCACAACUAUGUGCCUUAUGUUGGAAAUGGUUUCGUGGGCUUAGCACUGGAGCACGUUCCGCAUUUGAACAUCAAACACGGAAGAACUCUCUCGUUACCGCUGUACUAUCACCCUCUGUACGUCAUAGAUGAUUAUGAAAUGAAGGAAUUUACAGUAGCCGAAUACAAAAAGGGCAUAGUGCACAGAUUUCAGUGUUCAGAUUCAGGUUUACAAGUUUCAUAUCAGUAUUAUGCCCACAGAACAAUACCAUCAUUGUUUGUGCAAGAGAUUUGGGUGAAUAAUCCUACUAAUGUAAACAAGAAAUUGCGAAUAUCAACACCAAGAGUGUCUGAUUGGCCAACAUCAGUCAAGCAGACAGUAAAUCUGCACCAAGGAGUUGAUAUGAAGGAAUACGAGGUAGUGACUGGUAUGAUCACAAUACCCGACAGUGAUAAUGUAAUAGCCGCUGCUGUAGUGUGCAGGAAAAUGAGCAACUCAAUCUUAGUUGAAGCUAGGGAUGGACUGGACAUCUUAAUAUUGACUACAGUUCAAUACAGUAAACCAAUCAAGAAAAUAGACUAUGCAAAGCAAAAAGACAUUGUUGAAAAGAAAGCUGUUGAGGAAAUGGAAAAGGUUAUAGCAUUAACUGGUGAUAGAACAGCAAUAAGGAAUUUGAGAGAGAACCAUGCUAGAGUGUGGCAAGGACUGUGGUACACAGGGUUCUACAUCUCAGACUCAAAAGCUCAAGGAAUCAUCAAUGGUGAUAGAAUUAAUGCUACAAUAUAUGCCAUCCUCUCUCAAGUAAGGAGUUAUGAACAUGAAGACAGUAUGAAAGCAAACACAAAGGCAGACAUUAUGAGAAGUUUGACUUAUUCUGAAGGUUGUUACGAAGGGCACUCAACUCUUGAUGCUUUCAAUUUAUGGAAACCCUUGAAUUCUUUAACAAACUUAAAUUCAGUUGCAAGUGUGUGGUUACUCACUCUAGAAAAACAAGGAUGUCACAAUUUAUUAAAAGCUGGAGCGAGUGGAGUCAAUCAAGCAAUGAUACUAAGCUUUGGGAGUUUGCGUUUUAGUAAUCAGCACUUAGAAUACAAUAUUCACCCUUCAAAAUUACACAGAGAUUUCCUGUUUAGACGACUCAAUUAUGGCAAUAUGACUCAUGUAAAUAUAAGUGUUAUAUUACAGGAAGACAAUAAGGCAGCUAUAUUUGUGGCUCUAGACCGCUCGGACAAGACGUACUAUGCAUGUGAUGCAGGAUGCUUAGACUCCCCUGUGCAACUCGGCCCUUACAGGAAGUACUUCCCUGUCAAAUUAACAGAGCCUCUGACAGCUAUACUGUAUAUCACUGCUGAUAAGCAGCACAUGGAGGACUUGAGACAUGCCAUCCAUGUCAAAGAGGUUGUAGAAGCUCCCGCACAUGAUAACCAUGUGAUAGCGUUACACAAACAUGGACACAGUUUAGGAGGCCUAAAUCCCCUAUUCUGGAUAUCAAUUAUAGUUCUUAUUGUUGUCUUCCAUCUAUUCUUGUGCAGAAUAAUCAUGAAUGAAUUCUGCGACAGUGGAGUGAGUUAUAGACGGCUUUACAACAAGCCUUGAAGUAUGGAUGCCUUAGUGAGAUGGGUGCUCCAUCAUUGUCCAUUGCUUGACUGAAUUGUACGCUUUUUAUGCACAACCGACCAAAAAUAUACUUCAAUACAUGCUUGUAUUGUUUCAGACAUCACUGCCUAUUAGCGUAUCAGAAGUUUAAUUGUAGCUUUCAUAGUUUGCGGACUUCAUUAGUUGUCUAAUUGUGUGCAUUGUUUUUGUUUGUCACGGGCGUUGUUUUAUUUUUAUCUCACAUCCUUCACUCACGGAUGCUAGAGCUGCUAUCAAUAUCAUAUUGGUGGAAGAAAACAGUUGUUAAAAUCAUUGAAUCGUAUUAUUUAUUUUCAUUGAUAAGGAGGCUAUAAAAUGGUUUGAUUACCUAGGUAGAUACUUAAAUAUUGUUUUCUCAUACCACAUAGCUAUCCUUCAAUAUAUUCUCUCCCCUCGAUAUACGUAUUUUUUUUUUCGAUUUUCCACAUUUUUCGUUAAUGUAAAUUUUGUAUUUGAAUUGUUAUAAAAUCGCGUAUCAAAAUGGGAAACUGCAUAAAAUAAGCGAAAAAUUUAAUUAGUUUCCAAUUUCUUUUGUAAUGGUAAUCUUGAUAUGCAUAAAUUAUUAUUAACCUUUUACAUGAUUUUGAGCACAACUAAUUGCGAUCUCUGAUUACAUAAUCUUGGAUAUAUUAUCUACUUAAAUAAAACUGUGCUAAAGUGAUGUAUAGCUUAACGAACUAUGUUUUAAUGAUGAUGUGAUUGUUUAUAGUAUUAGUUAGUUUAAUCGUUUUCAAUCUAAUAAGUCGCAAACAGCUAUCACAAUAUAUACACUUGAGACUUCAGUACGUUUUAAAUGGAUAUCUAUGUUGAAUGGUAAUAUUGGAAACUAUAAUAUUGUUAUCUCAAGUGCCUGAUAUAGCCUUUCUACUUCACUGGCCAUGCGACAUAUUUUGCUCACUGCUGCUAAGUAAUUAUCGUGCAAAUAAUUUUAAAACUAUUGUUUUGUAAUCUCUAGUUAUUUUGUGUCGAAACACAAAUAAUAAAAACUAAAUAAAUUCUUAGUCAUUAAUGGUAUUUGCAAUAAUUUGCAAUUAUAUUAUAAUAUUUAUUUAAAUAAAAGAACCUUAACAAUGUUAGACUGUACAUAAUACAUUGUGUAUGUUUAUACAUAAUUAUAUUGUUAUAAGAUUGUGGUGUAUAUUUUUGAAAUUAAAUGCCAAGUUGUAUGUUGA